AUGUCCUCUAAUACCGAAUCCUGGCAAGCGAAGGCGCAACGCAAGCGUGACCAGAUUCUUCAGGGCAUCCCGGAACAGUGGAGGUUGAGCCGCGCCGACCUGGACCGAGCCGCCUUGCAGAGCGACCUCACGGGCUCCUUUAUUCAGAGUUUCCUGGACCAGGAAACCAUUGAGAUAACUUCGUUGGAAACUAAUGAGAUCAACCCUUGUCUGCAUGAACUCUUCAUCGAAUACGCACUAGACCGUGCUAAGGAGCUCGAUGCCUUCUUUGAAAAACACGGCAAACCGACGGGGGCACUUCACGGCCUGCCCAUUAGCCUCAAGGAUCAAUUCCAUGUUGGCGACUUUGAUACAACGAUGGCUUACGUUGGGUGGAUAGAUGGCAAGCUCGGGAUCGAUAAAGAGAAAAGCCCUGUGUUCGAAAGUGAUCUGGUUAAGGAGCUGAGAUCACUAGGUGCAGUAUUCUACUGCAAGACUGCUCUACCUCAAACUGUCCUGGUCGGUUUCCCCUACGGACACCUCAACGGCAGGAGCCAGGGUCUAACAUUUAUUUCACUACUAGCUUGGAGAAACAAUCAACAACAUCAUUGGCGCCUUGAACUCGUGUUCCGUUCUGUGCUGUCUACGAAGCCCUGGCUCAGCGACCCAGCUGUUGUCCCGAUCCCAUGGCGAACCGAAGAGCUCGAAAGCAUCCGCUCCCGUGUUAAUGCAAAAGGACAAUCCGCUGGUCGACCCUUAAAGUUCGGGUUCUUCUGGAGGAAUAGCACGCUAGAACCCCACCCUCCCGUACGUCGGGGCCUUAAGAUCGUUGCAGAGGCUCUCCAGAGAGCUGGUCAUAUCAUCGUCGACUGGAACCCGCCAGACCACAAGGUGGCUGAACACAUACACGCACAAUUCCUUUAUGCGGAUGGCGCACACGACGUACAAGCCCAUAUUAGCCGGUCCGGGGAACCUAUUAUCCCGAAUCUGAAAAGCCGCUUCGGCCUCCGAGAGCCGAUGCCGCUUCUACAAUACCAAGACCUUACAAUGCAGGGUCUCGACUUCGAAAAUCGAUAUGCAGAUUACUGGAAUUCUACCGGCACCGAGGACGGACAUGCUGUCGACGCGUUCAUCAUGGCACCUGCGCCGCAUGCAGCCGUCAUUCCAGGGAAAUAUCUAACACCUGGGUACACGGAGGUGAUAAAUCUGCUCAACUACAGCGCCGUAGCGCUCCCCGUCACGAGAGCGGACAAGGCUCUUGAUGUCGUAGACACGGACUACAUACCAUCCGAAGGGCUAGACAAGAGAAACUGGGAUGCAUAUGAGCCUGAUAUAUAUCACGGCGCGCCAGUAGGCGUGCAAGUAGUGGCCAGGAAAUUCGAAGAGGAGAAAGCACUUGCAAUUGCCGAAGUGGUUCAGGCCGCCAUCCGAGCUGCUCAGACUUAG